AUGGUAGUAGGAGGAUGGCAGAGAGACGGUGGUGUGGACUGGAAGACGCUGGCCUGGGAGGGUGGGCUAUGUAGACGGAAACGAUUCGAGCCGUCGGCCACGAGCGAUCCGCUGAUCGCGGUGUGCGCCGGAAGCACCACGCGCGGGGUGCCCUUCCCGGACGAGCACUCUCUCGCCCUCUUCCGCUUCCUGCUGCCCUCCCUGGCGCGGACGGCGGACUGCGGGUUCCGGUACCUGGCGGUCGUGGGUUACGACGUCGGCGACGGUUUCUUCGACGGGGCCGCUGGAAAGGCCAAGGUGGCCAGGCCGGCGGCGCUGCGAGGCCUGAGCAUAGAGCUGGAGCUCGUCAGGGUCGAGAACGCCAUCCAGAAGCCCGGCCCUGUGUUCACGGCGGUGACAAAGGCGGCGUACGAUCGUGGUGCGAACUACAUCUAUCGCGUAAACGACGACUCGGAGAUGCACACCCCUUGGGCUCGGUCCUUCGUGAACGCUAUCGAGGCGAUGGGACCCCCGUACGGCGUGGUCGGCCCGGAGUCUUUGAACAAGAACAUCCUGGUGCACGACUUCACGCAUCGGCUGCACAUGGACAUCUUCGACCAGCAGUACUACCCUCCCUCCCUCACUGAUUGGUAUGUGGACGACUGGAUUUCCCGCGUCUACGGGAACUCUCGCACGAUACGGGCAAAGAACUGCAGGGUGGAGCACCACACAGGGGCACACGGGCAGCGCUACAACGCGGACACGAGCAAGGCGAGCAGCGUGGACGGCCUCGUCCUUGUCGGCGCCAGGAAGAUCUCGGCCUGGGCCAACGGGAACGGGGCGGAAGCCGCGGCGCGGGAGAUACUGUCGGAGAAGCUGGACGGGAAGUCUGCGACCAAGGCUAGGGCUCGAGAAAUACCUUAGCUUUUACAUUACUGAACAAAAACUCGGGGUGCGUUGUUGAUCUUGUUGAGAAAUUCUACGCAGAAUUUGAAAACGUACAUUGGUGUUUCAAUUUUUAGAAAUUCUACACAGAAAAGAAUGACUACCCGUUUUGAGAUAGUACAGCAGGGCCACAGCAGCACUGGAACGGGGUGUGUGCGUUGAAUGAAGUGAAUGAAGUCUUUGUAGUGAGUCGGGGAGGAAAAGGUCGUGUUUUUCUUGUUGUGGAAAGCUUACGGCAUGUGUGCAGCAGUAGAUGCCACCACCACCGUUGUCAGUUGUU